AUGCGCGGCACGUCUGCGGCGCAGCGCAUGCAGUCCGCCAACUACUCCGCCCGCAAACCCAAAAGCGCCGCGGCGAUCACGCGCAACAACGCCAACACCGUCUCUCCAUCAGCGGGCCCCGUCUCGCGUCAACCGAGCUCCUCCCCGCCCCCCGCCUCGGCACCGUCUACCCCAGUCGACAGUCCGCUCUAUUAUGUGGUGGGCAACGCCGUGGUGAACCCGCUGUUGACGGUGUCGGCGUCGGUGCAGGGCCAACUUCGCGGUGUGACGACGCUGGCGUCGCUGCCGGAUGCGAUGCGGCGACCCGGGAUUGGACCGCAGCUGCACAACACCCAUACCACGUCGACGACGACCACUACCACCACAGCACAAACAUCGACCCCCGCUGCUGCCGCACCGUUCGAAGGCCCAGAGGAAGACAGCGACGCGGUGGUGUACGUAGAAAGCAUCCGCGACGGCCGCGCCACCGUCGGCGAUAACGCCCCCUCCAUGCAGCAGACGCGGGCCGGCUCACUCGUGACGCUGCGACAGCUCUACGGCACCACGGCCGAUGACGUGAUUGAGAUGGCGCAGACAAACCCACGCACCGGGCUGCUCGAGCCACCGCGGAUGCAGCACCACACCGCGCAGGAGCUGCUGCCCGAGCUGGCGAGCACCGCGGCCCAGCUGAAGGCGAUGUCCAACGCUCGCCGCCGCAUCGACUGGGACGUGAGCAUCCCUACCGCGGCCACGCUGCCCCCGCCGGCCAUCACCUUCACCGCCGCCAAUGGUAACCCCGUCGUGACGCUGACAUCCAUCGUCUUCGCCGUCGACACGAGCACGCUCGUGAUGCAGCGCGACUACGCCGCGGAGAAGGCGAUGAACGCCACCGCCACUGCCGCCGCCAGCCGCGUCUCCAUCCUCAGCGAGGCCGGUGGGUCAGUCACCAUGGCGGCUACGCCGAGCGCCACGGCGACCACGGAGAUACUGGCCAGUGCCAACAACACCGCCGCCGCUGCCACCCGCACGAACGGAACAAAGGCGUCUCUUUUGCAGGAGGAGGAGAAGGUCGGCCUCGACGUCAGCCGCGAGGACCGCAUUGGCAGCAGCGGGCUGUUCCGUAUCCGCCGCCUCGUCGGUCUCCGUCACGGCCUUGGUGAGAUGGUCGGACUCGAUCGCGUCCUCGAGUACGAGGUGGUCACGACGUCGCCGAAGCUGUUCCUUAUGCAGCCCUGUAUCGAUGCCAGUUCGGGCGACCUGCUGAUGGAGUUAAACACGUCCUUGCAGGGCACCGCCAAACUCGUUAUCACUGGCGUCGACUGCUGCAGCGUGGAUGACAAGACGGGGAGCGUGCAGAAGAGCAGCAACGUGCUCGCUUGCUACAUCACGCUGCGGCACAAUACCGCCGCUGCCACGGCGGCGGCGGCGCUGCGGAGCCGCAGCCUGGUGAACUCGUCCGUCGGCAACGCUUCUCAGUACACGUGCGUCCCCUCUGCCGCCACGCGAUUGCCCAGGGCGGGUCCCAAUAACCGCAACCUUACCAACAGCAACAGCGGCAACGCCAGGACGGACGGGGUGUUGACGGAGUCGAAUAGCACGAGCCGCAACAACACCGCCAACGACUCCCCCGGCGGCUCCGACGGCUUUUCCCUCUCCCUCGCCCACUUCAGUCAGGAGUCUGGCGUCGCGGAGCGCUCGGUCACCGGCAACGGUUCUCUGCCCCGCGACGCCACCGGGGGUGGCGGUGCUGCUGCCGGCGGUGGUGCGAAUGGCCGUCACAACCUCGACGUGCAGAGCGUGGUGGCCCGCAAGGCGGCCGCCCAUACAGACUUGGGGGGCGUCAACGGCUCAUCCGUCAUCUCCGGGGCGUACUCUAGUGCACGGCGCAGCAGCAGCAACCAGUCAGGCGGUGCAAGCCGCCCUCAUCGCAAGAGUGCGUCCACCAGAAAAGCGGGCGGGGAGGCGUCGGCCUCGCGCUACCUCUUCACCCUCACCAAUCCGCACGACCUUCGCUACGCCCACUACACCGAGGCGGUUCGCCUCGCUCGGCUGCAGCAGUACGCGCGGCAGCACGAUAAGGAGAGGCAGGAGGAGGUGCAGCAGCGGCGUUCGGCGCAGUCCCCGGCGGCUUUGAAGUCCGUUGGGAGUCCGAGCUUCACGAAUGUUCAUAAUAUCAACAACAGCAAUAGCAACAAUAAUAACGGCUGCCUACGCCAUCAGGUGUCGCUGCACAACGCCGUCAGCAACGAUAUCUGGUCCGACGAGGACGAUAAGGACACGAGCAGAGAGCUGUCGGAGGAAAACCGCAUCCAUGCCCUGGAGUCCACGGCCACGACGGAGAUCCCCACCGACGCCGCCGACAAGCAGCUUGUACACCACCAGUCGACGAUGGAUAUUUCGGAGCUGGAGGAGGACUUCGACCAAAGCAAACCCCUUGCGAUGCCCAUCGUCACGGGUAUGAUGUCGCAGGAGUUGAACAACGGCAGCGGCAACGGCGGCGUCCAACGCCAACCAUCGACCCAGCGCCUGCGCAGCGAGUCCUGCAACAGCAUCGCCUCGAUUGGCGGCGAGGACGGGCGUGACAGUGCGGUCGUGCGUGAGCUGCGCCGGUCGCGCCUUCCGAGCACGCUCUUCUGCAUGAACACAAUGCAGUCCCCGGUCAGCUACCUCCGCCUCACCGUGUGGCAGGACCGUCUACUGCUGCUCUUUACGGAGGACGACAAGGAGCUCUUGAGCAGCGACCAGCGUGCGCGCUUCAAGCGAGAGGCACGGCUGGAGCUGACGGAGGGCUCCUUGGUCGGUAUGCUGAGCAGCACAUUUGCGUGGAGCGCCAACCCAAGCAGCAGCAUCGGCGGUCGCCGGCAGUCGAUGCACGGCCGCCGCAGCUCCUCCGUUUUUAACCCUCGAAACAUAAACUCCGUUGCGGGCGGCGGCGGCGUUAGUGUUGAAAGCGCGCCCAGCAACGUCGGCUUCUCAACCCUCGCCAACAAGAGCAGCGGCAUGAGCGGGCCGACCAGCGGCAGCGGCAGCACCAGCGGGCUGGCAGGUUCCUCGGAGAAACAGUUUACGCUGAUCCGCCGCCUCAUCCUGUGCCUCGCGCUGGAGGAGGAGCGCAGUUCGGUGCAGCUCUACGCGGAUGUGGUGCAGCUGUGCUCCCACCUUUGUCACAAUGCCCUCCUCCAGACCAUGACGCUGACACGCGGCACCCGUGACGGGUUGCAGCAGGCCGCUGCCGCCGUCCUCGGCUCCAGUCCCCCGGCGCCGUCCGCGAACGGCGGCAACGCGGCGAGCGCGCAGCCCCCCUGGGAGGGCAGCAGUACACUUUCGGCCUCUGACCGCGACUCCCUUCAGCUCUUGAGCGACACGUUGGCGCUGGCCCUGACGGUCUCGCUGCUCAUCGGUGCCUACGGCAACGCUGUCGAGUACGCCGUGCAGCGUGUGCACGCCCUGUGUCUGUUGGAGGGCGACACGACGGCGGUCGUCAACUCUGCCCAACGGGACUUGGUGGAAGCCUACCUCUUCUACGGCGACUACGACACGGCGGUGACCAUUGCCGAGGACGUCGUGAUGCUGACGGAGCAGCUGUGCGCGGUGGCCCCCGACGCCUACGAGCUAGGGGAAGCGCAAGCCCUCUGCACGCUGGCCUGCGUCGGCGCAGGUCGUCGCGACCGCCUGGCCCACUACAUCACGCGGCUGGAGGUGAAGGUGAUGCCGCUGGACGAUGGUUCGAGUGGUGCGUUGGCGGUCCCACUGCCUCUCCUGCAAGCGCAGCUGCGGCUGGUGCUGAGCUUCGCCAAGAUGAACGUGGUCCGCGCCACUGCCGGGACGACCGCCAGCGACGUCGUGCCGCUGGUGCGCGAGGCGGUGCGUCUGCUGCGCGGUGACGGGGACCUGCAAGAGAUGGAACCGAGCUUCUCGACGGUGUUCCCGAGUCAGGCGCGGCCCAUGACGACCUUGGAGUCGAGCAACACGAACAUUCCCCUUUCGAUGUGCGGAUGGGUCCCCAGUGGGGUGAACGGCGGCAGCACGGCGGGGUCACAGCCGACGAACCACGUCGCCGCCGACGGCGACGACAGCGACGCGGCCGUGCAGAAGAUGAUGGCGGCGCAGAAGCGGCUGCGAUGGAAUCUGCUCUCGUUUGCCGGUGCGCUGCUCGUGGAGAGUGAAGAGGCAGAGGAAGGGAUUGAAGUGAUGGAGAGCACUGUGAAGGAGCUCGUGCUGGGGCAGCACCGCUACAUCGAGCGCACCCACCGCGCCUCCAUGGCGGCGAUGUUGUGGGUCGGCCUUGUCCUGUCGAAGGCCUGGGCACAGCCCACCUCGAAGGAGGACUUCGUCCCUAUGCUGAAGGAGGUCACGAACCGCGUCGUGCGCAUUAAAGGCCCGUUGCACCCCCUCGCGGCGGCGGCGAACAUGCAGUACGUGAACGUUGCGCACUACUCGCUGGGCAACCGUCAGGCGUUCAGCGUGGCAGCGCGCAGCCUCUCCGUGCUGGAGAGCGCCGUCAGCCCCCAGUCGCACUACCUUCUCAUGGCGCACUACGUGUUUGGGUCGAUGGCGGAGUCGCAGCAGCGGUGGCGGCCCGCUUUGGAGCAUCUUAGCGCGGCCUACGCCAUCGCACAGGCCAACCACCUCAGUGAGCUGGACCUGCUGGACUUCGACUCCCGCUUCCUCGGUGCGCUGCUCAGCUGCCCGCCGACGGCCAUCGUGGACGUGGACACGACGGCACUGCGCGGCCACGUCGAGCGACGGCUCUCGAAGGUGCAGCAGUCCGCGGGGCUUCACAGUGAGGCGCUCGUGGAGCCGCUGUGGAACAUGGCGGAGGUGCACUACAUGUUUAAGCAGACUGCGAGCGCGGUAGAGUGCCUGCAGAAGGCGGAGCGGCUGUUAGACCGGCGCGGGGUCCUGCUCGCCUUCGCGGAUCUGCUACGGCCAGCGGACCUGCUGCGUUUCGAGCAGCACGAAACGGCCGCGGCAGAGUCCACGAGCACUCUCCAGCUCCUCCAGCAGCGCGACGCCGUCGUCCAGAGCUCUUUUGACUCCGUCCACCAAGCCUUGCGUUUGGCCACCUCGCUGUACAUGAUUGGUGCCGUGCUCGAGUCGCAGGCCCGCACCACCGAAGCGCAGCGGAAGUAUGAACAGUGCAUCGCCAUCUUCGAAGCCCUGCACCUCGACAGCGACACCCUGUCCGCCGCCCGUGUCAUGAUGACCCUCGGAAAGCUGCUGUACACCACAGCACAGUGCAGCGACGCUCUUGUCUGGGCCCGAAAGGCAGAGUUGCUGUUGCACGUGCACUACCGCAAGCAAUGGCCGCUCGAGCUAGCGGGUGCGGAGAAGCUGGUGGCCGUAGUUGAACGGCGUUUGUGCGAGGACGAGGGCACCUACGUGGUGCAGAGUGAUGUGCCGGCGCAAGACAGACUCCCUCGACUCCUGUGA